AAGUCGGCAGAGAGAAGGAGGCGGCACUCGGGUGCCGUUUCCUGUGAUCGAAGUCGAGCUUCUUUGCUUUCUUUCUUUUCGUUUUUAAUUCGUUACUUUUCUUCUUUUCUGACGGUGGGGAGAAGUAUAGUUUUUUCCCCCUUUCUUAUGUUGGUUAUAUCUGUGGCUCUGUUUCUUUAGUGAUUGUAACUUUUGUCAGUUUUGGUUUCAUGGAAUUUUCAAAUCUGUUCAUCUUCUUCAGACUUACGUUUGUUCGCGUGAGGCAAAAGUUAAUUCAGUGAAAUCAAAGUCAGUGCUUAAACCAGUGUUUGUGUAAUUAAUGUUUGUGUAGCUAAUGUUUGUGUUCGCCGGCGGCGGUCCCCAUGCAUUGCACCAAGGAAACUAUACAGUGCUUGAUUCAAAUGUUGCAAAAUACCCGAAUGAUUCUUCAAAGUUCGUUUCGCGUUAAUUUCACGCUUGGAACUUUCGAUUCCGGAUUCUGAAAAUCUUCGGUACUUUUUUGCGUUCCGAUUCCAAGAUGGUUCAUCAUCGUAGGUGGCUCGAUUCUGGAAUGGUUUGUCGCAGGUGCGCCAAUUCUGGAAUGAUCCGUUGUUUAUUCUAGUGAUAAUAUCAGUCGGGCGGCUCUUUCCAGCUCAGUAUGGUUAACUGUAGUUGAUUCGAGUUUCAAGGAAGGCCAGUAUGAAGUUACGUUUUUGAUUUGAUUAACUAAUUUCGCAUACAGUGACAAUUUCAAAGACCUUCAGUUUAGUUCUCAAAUGUUUCGCCGCGUAUAGCGUUUUUAAGAAAAUCGACUUCAAAGAUGCCUCACUACGUUCGAUUGUGAUUUAGCUUUUUAUUGAGUCACCUUGUAAGGAAUCUGAAAAAUUGUAAAAUAUUGUUUUUAUUUUGUGUUAAAAAUCAAAAAGAAAUUAUAUAUAGAAAAGAAUGUCGAGUUUGUCGCCGAAAAUCCUAAGGGUCAAACCACCUCACAUCCCCGCCGUUCAGGAGAACGAAACCCUGGCGCCCCCGUCGGCCUCCAUAGGGCACAACUUCAGCCUGAGCCUCGAGAACCUGGAAGACUGGGACCUCGACCUCGAGGGCGCCUCCGGGCCCGGAGGGCCUGGAGGAGGAGGAGGAGGACAUCCCAGGCCCUACCACGCCCGGAGGCAGCCCAUCGCGAGCACCCCAAUUAACGAGGCCCACAAUGGAAUCCCCUUCGAGCCCAUCCCCUGCUCCCCAAUUCGGGACCUGAGCGCGAGCGCGCGACGGGGCUCCACCUUGAGCCUCAACUACCAAGGGCCGCCCAAUGUGUACCGUCCCGUGAGCGGCGGCAGGAUUCCCGGGAUGCUCCACGGGCCGCGGCCGAUCCGCGGUCCUCCGGGAGGGCUCGGCCCCAAGUGGAGGCUGUUCAAGCGGAAGACCUGUCCGGAGCUCCUCAAGACCAGAAGUAAUGAUAAUCUUUUCAGGUCCAAAGGAGUGGAUGGCGGUCUCUACCUACAGCACCGUGGCCCCGGGGGGGGUGACGAGAGAAUGUGGAGCAAGGCCGGUGGAGACGACAUGCUGGACCUGUUGGAACGCAUGUCCAACUAUCGUAUCGACGACCAGCGGUGUCCGCUACCUCACCAAAUCACCCAACACGCACAGCAAGGCAUGCGCGAGGGACCUGGAAAACCUCCCCCUGACAAGGACGAGGUGGCUCUCAAGUCUUCCUCGAGACAGCGCCUCGAGGAGAUCCUCUCCCAACCUAAACCUUAUCCUCAGGUCGUGUUACCAGAAACUGGUGGCUACUGGGACGAGAGCUGUACAGACGUCGACCACCAGUAUGACAAUAUCAACUCCAACAAUAAGUUCGAGACGGACGAAACUGCCAGAAACUAUAGACGCUAUUUUAUGGGGAAUCGGCCAGAAGAAGAAGAAGGAGAAGAAGAUGAUGAUGUUGAUAAUGAUGUUGAUGUUGAUGUGGGGAAGGUCCGUGUGAAUGGCGUGGUACGAGCUAGUCCUAGCGCAUAUGCCAACUCGUACCCAUCCGAUUCUAGUCAGUCGAUAAAUUUUGGAGUUGCUGAAUGCCCAGUUCUUUUACUAAUCUGCCAUUUCUUUUUGUUGCAGAGAUUAAAAGAGGAACUAGUGAUUGAGCGCUUCCAUCCUGUCGUUACACCCAAGGGGCCCGAGUUGAUUGUGGCUUAUGACGAACAUGUCCUCGUCAAUCAUUUUAAAUUCGGUCUUGUUUACCAGAAGGUUGGUCAGACCUCAGAAGAACAGCUUUUUGGAAACAGAACCAACUCACCGGCCUUUGAUGAAUUCCUCAAUCUUAUGGGACAAAGAGUGAAACUAAGGGAACAUGAAGGGUUUAAAGGUGGCCUGGACACACAGUUCGGACAGACUGGUGAAGAGAGUCUCUAUGAAGUUUUCCGUGAGAAAGAAAUCAUGUUCCACGUAUCAACGUUGCUCCCUUACACGGAGAACGACCCUCAACAGUUACAGAGGAAAAGGCACAUUGGCAAUGACAUCGUUGCAGUAGUAUUCCAAGAGGAUAACACCCCUUUCUCUCCAGAUAUGAUUGCCUCACAUUUCCUCCAUGCUUAUAUUGUCGUUCAGGCCAUUGAUCCGUGCACAUCCAACACAAAGUAUCGUGUUAGUGUCACAGCAAGAGCAGAUGUGCCCUUCUUUGGACCAACUCUUCCAUCGUCUGGAAUUUUUGAUAAAGGACCACAGUUCAAGGAAUUCAUCCUUACUAAACUAAUAAAUGCUGAGCUAGCCUGUUAUAAGGCUGAGCGAUUCGCCAAGUUAGAGAUGCGUACAAGAUCUUCCCUUCUUAGUUCUCUUGUGGAAGACUUGAAGACGAAAAACAAUGAGUUCCUUGGUAUAUCUGAAGUACAGGAGGCACCUAAAACUGAAACCCAGGGUACAAAGUUUUCUGAAAUAGUCAAGAAAGUUUUGAGAGGUCGACAGCAAAAUCAAGAAUCCUCAGCAUUAGUUAAAAAGCCUGUCUCUAACAACACAAAUACCCUCGUUAGUGGAACGCCUUCUAGUUCACGAAGCAAAGGUAGUAAAGGAAGCGGUGGAAGCAGUGGUGCCCGCACACCAACAUCAAGCCCUGAUACCACACCCAACACUCACAUGGCAUUGUCAGAAAGUGAUGAUUCUUCCCUAAAUUCUAUUGAUAUUGAUGGACAUCCACAUCCUCUCAAUGAAGAUUCAGACACAGGGUUGGAGUCCAUGUCUUCUGCAGAAACUCCUCAUAAACUGUCUUUGCCUUAUACACUAUGUGGUGGUAAUGAAGAUGGAGUAUGUACAUUGCAUGACACUGAUGCAUUAAUACGGCAGGUUGACGCUCUCAAGCAUGAAAUCAAUAAACUUAAGUGUGACAAACUAGAUCUUCUUCGCCAGAAUGUGACAUGUCAGCGAGAAAUAAAGAAAUUAAAAGAGAAGGAACUAAAAUUAGGAGGAGAGCUGAGUACGGCUACAAAAGAAAUUGUCAGACUUCAAACACUGCUCAAAGACUUGGGCACUGGCCAGGUAUCUGCGGUGUGAGACUGACCAGCAACGGUAAUUGUGUGCCGUCUACUUAGUGUCCGAUUUUGGAGAGUGGUCAGAGGAGCAGCCCUGUCAUAGGCCUCAAAGUCAAAGUGAAUUUUGACAAGUAAGGUUAAGACAGUGGGAAUGAAUGACAAGGUUACUGGAAAGGGUAAAAAAAAAUAUAAAAGGUUAUCCAAUGGAUAAGCAAAAAUCAUAAGACGGAAGGAGUUGAGAUAGAGGUGAUUGUGAAACACAAAUAUAGGAGUCCAAAUUUCAUUAAUUCUUCCACUGAUUAUUAACUUAUCUACUGUCUUCAUUAUUACAACAGUAUAUGAUAUUUUUCUUUGCUGAGGUACUAUUUACGUUGUCAGUGUGCCUCGUGCACAUAGUGACACCUUAAGUCAAAGGUUCUCUUGGUGUGCUUGAAGAUUGGACCACAAAAUGUGUGAAUACACGUGAAACAACGUAGCCUUAUCACUUUGUGUGAUGUUGAGUGAUACCAAAGUUAUGUAAGGUAAGUAUGGGGGUGUAGAACCUUGUAGUGGUAUGGUUUAGUCACCAAAGGAAGAAUGGCAAAUUCAGAUUUGCUGUGUUGCUGGUAAUAUAGUGUCAAUGACAAAAAGACAGAUUUUAUUUUUUGCAUUUAUAAUAGAUUAAAAAGAAAAAUGUACCUUAAUAUUUUUCAACUGCAUUUAAAGAGCAGAGUUGAUGUUUCUAGACUUUUUUUUUUUCAUCCCUGAUGGACACUACACCUCAGCUUUUCAUACCAAAUAUUUAAUUUUAAGUUAUAGGACAUGAUGAUGGCAUGUCCGAAUGUUUAGUCAUUCCUAAAUUUUAUAAUUACUGAAACAUAUUUUAAUCCCACUGUUACACAUUUGAUUGUGAACUUACAAUGAAGUGGUGAAUUCAAAUGAUUUAUGCAAAUUUCUCAAAGUAAUCCGUGAAACUUCUUGAUUAUUAGUUUGAACUCCACUUACCAGGUUUUUGUGUAUAAUCUGCGCACCUUGAUUGUUUUCAAUUUCUGUAGUGUAUCUAUCUGCCAGUAGCAAGAUAAAAUCAGAGGAUAACCAACUUACAUCUGCUGCAUGUGUCAGUGUGAGGGAAGAUUGUUAGCGAGUUUUCCUGAAACGGAGUUGAAUUACAAGAUGAGAAAAUUUGUGUUAGUUUCCAAAAUAUAACAAUAAUGCAAUACACUCCAGUAGUCGAGUAAUAUAAGCCUCUUGUAACCACCUGUAUGUGUAGCAAAUUACGUUGAAGUUAUUGCCUCACUGGCCUUGCUUCUAUACAUGCAACUAGCCUGAAUUACAAAUAAAAACAUUAGACCCUUCCGGGGAUGCUAUUGUCCACUCCUGCUCAAAAAGCAAUGUUGUUUUCUUUAGUAACUGCAAACAUCUGUAAUGGCUGCCUCUGUCGAGGUUAUCAUGCUAAUGGCAGAAAUUGCACAGUCAUUGUCAUAUCAACAAUUACUCUGUACUACUGUAUUUGUAUUAAUCAUAUGUCAAUCCCAUAGGCUCAUUUGUUUCAAGUUUUCAAUUGGGUUGUUGUUCCAUAUGAAUUAUGGUAUUUUAUUAUUACUCGGCAUGAGCCCUCAAGGAGUUGACGUGUGAUACUUCAUGGAUGUUGAACCACUUCACUGCUUAACCUUUUAUUAUUACAUCUUCACAGCUUUACUUCCUCGUUCCCUGUUUUUCUUUUCUUUUUUUUUUCUUUUUUGAGCAAAAAUGUAUUUGUAAUUCUGUCAUCUAUAUCUUUUUGUUGAUACUCGCCAAAUACCAAUAGAGUACAGUAUUAAAAAAACAAAAAGAUGCAAUUUUGAAAAGCUUCAGACACCCAUAGGAAGAGGUAAUUAUUGGGAUAUAGCAGUGUUUUGGGAGCAGCGUCCUUCCUAACUGUUGCGUUCCAAUAUAGGUGUGUUGUUGUGUGUCAAAUGUUAAGGGGGUGGGCAUCCAGUUUUACCUCCCCACUAAACAUCUCCGUGAUUAAAUGUGACUGUAUUAACUAUCAUAUGGAAAUGGUCCUCUCAGGACCAUAGAUGUGUAGUCUAGAGAAACUUCAGAGAUGUAGCUCACAUCUGGAUCCGUCAGAUUUGCUGAAUGCGUUGUCACCCCAUCCAGCUUUCAGGUUACAAGUACACUUUAAAUAUAUACUAUACACAUCUGAACCGCCUAUAAUUGGACAAGAUAUGUACAAAAGAAUUUUAUUUUGCUACUGUAGGUAGUCUUUCUCAGACAUACCCAAAAGGCAGGAUGUCCUUACUAGAGAGAAAGAGAGAGAGAGAGAGUAUAGAAUCCUAUAGAACUUUAUUUAAUUAUAAAUAAAUACCUAGACAUCUAAUGUCGGAAUACGCUUGCAGUACUCUUAUCGCCUAGAUCAAGUCCGUUGAAUUAACUAGAUCAUUUUAAUGAUCAUUUACAGCACAUAACCUUUAAUAGCAUUAACAGUAUUAUAUUACUGAAGUCUUGUUAAUGAUAUCCAAAAUUAUUUAAAUAAAAAAGAAAUCCUUUAAAUAUUCACUGUUCUGUAUAUUUAAAUAACCACAAUAUAAUCAAAAGACUUAAACUAUCUUAACCUUUAAAAUUUAACCUUGUAAUUAAGUCCAACACUUCAAUUUGAUUCACAGUUACCAGUAGUUCAUAACUUUUCUACAAUACAGUAAAAGGAACGGGCAUGAAAUUAGAUGGGCUGGAACCUGUACGCACUGAUGCGUUUGACAAUAGCAACGGGCUUGUAGGUAAAAGGAGUGAUUCGAGUUAUUGCCUUUUGGGUUCCUUGAACCUUAAGUACUGGCUACAUAGGUCAUCCAGAGUGUGUAUGUUCUGUAUCAAAUGUUUGACGUAAAUUAUACUAUUUGUGUGUAUAGCGAGUCAAAAAUAAACUCAUGGAUUAU